UUUUGUUGAGGAAUUUUUUGUUGAUGAAUGCCCAAGUUUGCAACCAGCCAUCGUUCCGGAUACUCCACUCGCCCAAGUGUCCUAUCCGUUGCAGGGUGUUUCAGUCAUUGCACACAAACGUCCAAAGCCGUGUCAGCGGCUGCUCCGUCACCUUCCGAUCGAAGUCAAGGACUCCCAUUUUCAGAUUCUCAAUCCCCAAACUACCCUUCUGAUUGCUUCUACCUUCACCUACGCAGAUCUUCAAAGCCGAAUCUUCAGUUCCUUGCUUCCAGCUUUCUCUCAUACACGGAAUAUGCUGCUACAUUCAUGGCCGUAUAUCUACUGCUCCAGCUCUUUGCUUUCGAGUGGCCAUUCUCGCUCAAGACUGAGUAAAUGCGUUUUCGUCACUGUUUCCUUUGAAACUUAGCUCCGACUUUUUAGAUAUGACGCAGAAUUUCUGCGCUGAGUUCGUCGGUCGGAGUUUCAGAGUAAGGUGCAUCCGCGAAUCGCAGCUUUUUAGUGUUUAGCCAGGUAAGGAGUUUCUGCUAUGCGUUGAAGGUUUUCACUUCAGCAGAACCGGAAGUGCUUUUUAGCUAGUUGUGUGGGAGAUCUGGAGCUUUGGUUGUGAAGGAGAUUGUGCUGGUCUCGACUGCUUGAGCUAAGAAUGAAGUCAAGUACUCGCCUUGAAUCAGUAGUCUUUCAGCUCACUCCUACCCGAACUAGGUGUGAUUUAAUUAUCAUUGCCAAUGAGAAAAAAGAAAAAAUUGCUUCUGGCUUGUUGGAUCCUUUUCUUGCUCACCUAAAAACAGCUCAGGACCAAAUUGCCACGGCUGGCUAUUCAAUUGUGCUCGAACCCAAAUCUCAAAGUGAUGCAUCAUGGUUUACAAAGGGCACAGUGGAAAGGUUUGUUCGCUUUGUGAGCACUCCAGAGAUCCUGGAACGGGUGCACACUAUAGAAUCUGAGAUCAUCCAGAUUGAAGAAGCAAUUACCAUACAGGGGAAAGUUGAUAUUGAACAUGGCAAUGUUGAAGACCACCAUGAAAAAUCACUGUGGACCUCACAAGGUAACAAAUCAACAUCAGGUGUUAAUGAGGAGAAAGCUAUUGUACUUUACGAGCCUGGUGCAUAUCAACUUGAAAAAAGUAAUGCAGCCUCACACGGUGGAAAUUCGAGAGCACAACUUCUGAAAGUCCUUAAGACCCGCAAAUCUGUGCUACAAAAGGAACAAGGGAUGGCCUUUGCUCGUGCGGUAGCUGCUGGUUUUGAUAUUGAUUACAUGGUUCCGCUGCUUUGCUUUGCUGAUUGCUUUGGUGCUUCACGUUUGAGGGAUGCAAGCUUAAGAUUCAUGGAACUCUGGAAGAAAAAACAUGAAACUGGACAAUGGCUUGAAAUUGGUGUAGCAGAAGCAAUUGCUAGUGAAACUGAUGUGUCUGUCAUGAAUGCAUCAGGUGUAGCGUUUUCCAAUAUUGCCGGCAAGCAUUCCACCAGCGCUGAGUUUGCUUCAGAGGCUGAUGGGAAAUUAAAUACAGAUGCUACUGCAGGUGAAAGGCAAAGAACCGAUCAGCAGGUUCCCAGUAAUCAACAAUUCUUUCAAAGUCAGGCUUCUCAACCGUUGUUUCCUCCCUGGGCAUUGAAUCAUCCGGCAUCUGCCAUGCCUCUUCUACAACCAUACCCAGUGCAGGGGGUGCCCUAUUAUCAAGCAUAUUCUGGAAAUGAGUCUUUUUAUCACCCACCUUACCCACCACCAUCGAUGGAGGACUCAAGACUAGGUGUUGUGCAUAGAACUAGACAAAAAAGGCAGUCCAUGGAUGGGAAAGACAUGAGUUCUGAGGAAUCCCCAGAUGAUGAAGACCCACAGUAUGAAGAUAAAAUGGAGAAUACAGGAAGGUCUAGAAAAAGGCGAUCAGGAAAAGUUGUCAUUCAAAAUAUUAAUUACAUUUCCAAAACAAAGAAUUCAACUGAUAGUGUCACGGAAUCAGAUUCUGAUUCUGAAAGCAAUGUAGAUGGUCAAGAAGAUCUUCCAAACAAGAUGUCUGGGCCAUCCAAAACAAAAGGUAAUUGUGGAAAGCGUCUGAAUGAGCUGACUUCAUAUGAUAAAGAAGAUGAUGUCCUCGGUGAGAAGAUGGGUGAAACUGAGAGUGGACAUUGGUUAGCUUUUCAAAAUCUUUUGUUCAGAGAGAAGGAUGGAGAAACCAAUUCACAAUUGAGGAACUCAUCAGACCCGUUUGUUGAGAAUGGGGGAGAUAGUGCUACUAAUGAAUUGCAGAAAACCUUCUCAAAUGGCGUAGCUGAUGAGUCCUUCAUAGUAACAUUUAAGUCAAUGAUGUCAGAUGAUACUGCACCGCACAGCAGAACUGCUAUUGAUAUAGCUUCUGAACUUCCAGCAACACCUAGACAUACAGCAAAGUACUCUAACGGACAAAGUGGUCAACCUAGUUAUGAGCCUGAUCUGGGAUUGGUUCCUGGACAUAGAGCGGAAAAAUGUUCCGGCGGAUAUGACCCCUCUUGGGACUAUGGAAUUCAAGUUUGUGUCAGAGAUGAUGAAUCUCAGGAGAAAGGAAAGAAAGAUGUCUAUCAUAAUGUGAAAAAAGGACCUCAGAAAACAGAGGACCGUAGGGCAAAGGCUACUGCUGCUGGUUCAGAGAAGAAAAGGGUGGGUGGUCCCAUAAAGAAAGGAAGCAUUUCAAAGGCUAGCCCUUUAGAGGAUGCACGAGCACGAGCGGACAGAAUCAGAUCCUAUAAAAAUGAUAUUCAAAAAAUGAAAAAAGAGAAGGAAGAAGAAGACCUUAAACGCUUAGAAGCGCUAAAGUUGGAGAGACAAAAGAGAAUUGCAGCUAGAGGCAGCUCAGGCUCUUCACAUUCAGUGACUCCUCCGUCUCAACCAAAAAGAUUGCCAACAAAAUUAUCUCCAAGUUCUGUUAAAGGAUCUAAGUUCAGCGAUUCAGUGCCAGGAUCAUCAUCACCUUUACAAAUAACCAAACUAAGAAGUACCAUAGGAUCCAAUGAUUCACAAAGAGCCUCCAAGUCCUCUAAAAAAAGUAAUGGACAGCUGGCAAAUUAUCGGUUGACUAGAUCAGCAACAUCAUUGCCUGAACACAAUAAGGAAAGACUUAGAAGGUUAUCUGAGCCCAAAACCCUCAGCAGUGUAGCAUCAAAGCCAAGGGCACGGAAAUCUGGUUCAGCAUCCAAAUCCAACAUAUCUGAUUUCACUGAGAGCAAGAAAAUUUCAGCUAUCAUAGACCUUGAUAAGAAGAAGGCUGCUACUCUUCCUGAACUGAAGAUAAGAACGCCCAAGACGAAGGGUUCUGGACCUCCAUUCAUGAAAAGCAGAAAACUUUCACAAGAGAGUGAAGGGGAUGAAAUCAUUGUUGAGAAGACUGUUGUGAUGCAUGAGUCUGAAAGACACUCUUUACCUUCUCCCAGUGGAUCUGUAGAAAAUUUGGUUAAGACUGCAAUGGUAUCUGAGUAUGCUUCUAUAGACGCACCACCUUCACCCUUUGAAGGAUUCAUCAGGGGACCUAUUCCUGGUGGCUUUCUUGAACACCUGAAUUCUCAGGAGGUGGGAGCAAGUUAUAUUGAGGAGACACCCAAAUUUGCAAAUACUGAUGGUGCGGGUAGGCCUUAUUAUCAAGCCCCAUAUGCUCGGGUCUCCUCCUUGGAAAAACCCUGUACUGGAAACUCAGACGUCGUAUCGGUAGAACCUGAAAACCUACAUAUUGAUGACGUGAAGACUGUUAGUAAAGAUAAAGUUCAAGAAGGUCCAGAGAAGACUCAAUUCAAGGAGACAUCGAAAGGGUUCAAACGACUCUUGAAAUUUGGAAAGAAGAGCCCGUCACCCGUUGCAAGCGACCAAACUCUCGAGUCAGAUAGCAAGAGUGCUUUUGGUACGAAUCAGGGUCAUUUUGCAACAAGUAUUGCUUCAUCAAAUGAAGUUUACACUUUGAAGAAUUUAAUAUCUCAAAAUGAAGUCCCAAAUACUGGAAAUGCAGUUCAAAAGUCUCGCCAUUUUUCUCUGUUAUCUCCCUUCCGGAGUAAGACAACUGAGAAGAAGCUGACAUCAUGAAUGCAGCAUCAGCUUCAAGUUUCCAAUAUGAUUUAUUAUGGUUGGUUGAUUUGGAAUUUCCUUUUCAUGUCUCCAACCUAUAUGUGACCACAUCAACUUUUGUUAUUAUUAUUAUUAUGAUUAUUAUUAUUAUUAUUACUACUAGUAUAAUUACUACCACAUAUAUAAUUAUAUACUAACAAAAAGUGGCCAUUUUGUAAAACUGAACCGUGAUCAUAUGCAAGGGGGUGAUUGGUUUUGGUUGUCACUCAAUGAAAAUUACCUUGAUACUUCGGAGCAAGUCUUAUUAUCACUUUUAGUUUUUUUUAACC